GUUUGAAGUGGGCAACCGAGCCCAAGCUAAUUGAGCAGCCCUAAUAAUCGAGUUGACAAUCAAGUUGAUUGUUUCUCACCUGCUGCGGCCGCCACCAUCAAUUUUUAGACCCAUACGAGUACUAAAUACUAAGUGCCCUGCCUGCCGUUAGCCUGAUGGCAAUUCCAAUCUCCAGUCGCUCCAUCAUAGUAUCUAAAGAGAUUCUUGAAGGCAUUCAAGGCGCGCACACUAUCAUUUCUCAGCUGAACUCCUCCCGGUCAAUCACCAAACUCAAGUUAAACAACAGCCGACUAGGGGAUGACGGUGUCUCUGCACUCUUUACAUUCCUCAGAUCUCCGGCAGCCUCACGGCACCGCAGGUCGAUAUCGGAGAUCCAUCUCAACGAUAAUGAUAUAGGCUGCCGAGGUUUGCGCGACAUAGCGGACUAUGUGAAUGGAAAUGAAGUAGUACUGAAGACAUUGUGGCUCGCAAACAACACGAUAGGACCUGAUACUGAUGUUCUGGCCUGGUUUGCCACCACAGUAAAUCACUCUCGCCUAGAGUUCCUUUCGCUCACGGGAAACUAUAAGCUUGGCGAUGCUGUCGUCGAGACCUUCUUUCGCCAUCUAAGGGCACCCUACCUUCGGGAGUUGCAUAUUAAUGCCAUGGGACUAACUGCACGUUGUGCACCUGGACUCGCGGAGUGGAUUUCAUCGGGGCACACUGGUGGAGCGCGUUCCCUGCACACUCUCAAAUGUAGUGGCAAUAACCUAGGGAUCAAAGGCGUAUGGGAAGUUAUUCACGCCAUCGAAAAGGGUAACUGGUCGCUCAUGAACGUGGAAGUGUAUGCGAACCAACUAGCAGGCACGGAGAUCCCGAAUGACAACUCUCCCAUUCAACAAUCAGGGCAUUUGUCAUCCUCUGAAACGGAGGUGUCGUGGAAGGAUGCAGAACGUGCUCUUCACCGCGUGCUUCACCGGCGAAACGCUUAUUGGAAAAGACAAGUAGAGAUGGAGGCAUUGAAUCUUCUCAAGUACUCCCGGACAGUCUUUCUUCGGUCCAAGGCUUCUUUUUCAUUCGCGGAUCAACACUCUAUGAAUAAUUUGGCCAGCGAAUCGUUUCCAUUUCACAAUCUUCCUAUGGAGCUGCGCCUCCACAUCCUUGCGGUCCUCGCUCCUUCAUUAUCUUGUGCACAACGUACCCGCAUCUACGAUUAUGCUGCCGACCCUUCAACUCUUCCCCCGCUUCUACCGCGUCUACAACGAGAUAUUGGCCAUGGAUGUAUCGCAGAUCCCUCACGAGCCCUUGGAGCAAGUGUAGGAUUUACAUUGCACAGCUCAGGCGGUUGUGCUGAAGGGAAGUGUAUGGGCACUGGUAACAGUCUUGUAUGCCGUCGGGACGCAGAGCGCACCAGGUUUCUGGAAGCUGUUGGAUGUUGUGCAUAUGAGCCUGAAUGCGUCACCUGAAUGCGGUAGGAUCACUUCAGAGGAUAAUUGUUGAUGCCAUUCCGAUGACAUUUUAUUUAUGCAGUGUACAUACCAUGACUUGUGUAAGUUGCUGUACCAGUAACUCGUGACUCUACUGUAUAUUGUACAGGGCAUAUGUAGGUAAUAGUAUAUCAAUUCAACACAUGUUCGAAUGAACAAAUUACAGCUAUA